UUCUCGGUCCCCGGGCGCACCUCUUGUUGAUGGUACUGUGGGAAGCCAGAUUCAUUCGCUGUUUCAUCAGUUAAUUGGUUUGUGGACGUGUCUAGUACGACGGUGUUUCUGCUGAAAAGAAAUACGUUUACAAACAAACAUUUCACCUAGAUACGUGGGAUUUCCGCGCAAUAUUCUUCACUGAAAUCUUCUUUUAUUUACCAAGCAGAAAACAGCUGCUCGAAGUCAUCGCCGCAGCAAUAAGAGCACAGAGGACACCGUUAACAUUUGUAAACAGAUGCUUUGAAUGAUGGUGAAGCACAUGCUGUGACCUCUACUCGGGAACACAUUUCCAGCGGUUGUAAAGCAUAGUUCAAUUAUUUUCUUCAACUACUGAGAAAUGAGCUCUGAAUCUACCAACUGUCUGCUAGUUCCUAUACCGGAGUGUCCCGCUCUGGACUGCGUGCCCAAUAAGAAUGUGAAAAUUGUGGUUCUAGGUGCCAGGAACGUCGGAAAAACAGCCUUGAUUGUGAGAUUCCUCACCAGGAGAUUCAUUGGAGAUUAUGAAGCAAACACAGGGGCCUUAUAUUCAAGAAGAAUCAGUCUUGAUGGAGAACAAGUUUUUUUGCAAGUGCAGGAUACGCCCUGUGUUUCUCUACAGGACGACGCCGAGGGGCUGCAGUGCCAAGAACAGAUUAACCGUUCCAUCUACUGGGCGGACGGCUACGCGCUGGUUUUCUCCGUCAUGGACCCCGGCAGCUUCCGCACCGUCUUCCCGCUCUACCAGCAUGUGCGACACAUCCACCCCCGGGGCAGCAUCCCCCUCAUCGUCGUGGGCAACAAGAGCGACCUGCCGAGGGCGCGGGUGGUGUCGUCGGCCGAGGGGGAGGCGCUUGCCGCCGAGCUGGGCGCGGCCUACUUCGAGGCAUCCGCCCGCGAGGACGGGGAGGGGGUGCACGCCACCUUCCUGCACCUGUGCCAGGAGGUCAGCCGGGCCCUAGCGGCCGGGGUCGGGGAGAAACGGCGGGGGGGCCUCCACCUGGCGCGCCCCAAGUCCCCCAACAUGCAGGAGCUGAAGAGGAGGUUCCGCCAGGCGCUCUCCGCCAGGGUCAGGGCAGCCACCGCCCUAUGAUGUCAUCGCUGGGGACUGGCCCGUCCCUGUGCCAGCAGAAGGCAGGCUAUGGGGUGAUGUGCUGGACACGUUCACUGGACAUGGACCCCCAGGGGAGCGCGGGAACCAGACUGAGGGUCACACUAUUGUUCUGUGUGGCUUAUCUUGAAAUUUGUUUAUUUGUUACAGAAACAUAUUUGCAGUGCUUAUGACACGGUUUUAUUGAUCAGUUGGAUCCCUCAUCAGAAACUGACACAGAAAGUGUCGGUUUAAAAAAAAAAAGUUGCUCUAAGAUUCUGUAAUGGGAGAAGCAGUGAUCUACAGUGACCUUCUAGGAGUGCACAUCAGGGACAUACAAACAUAAAACAGUGUCAUAUGAUUUCAUUUGUAACAUUUGACUUUAUUAAAUUUGUCUUUUGUGUUUAUUAAAUAAAUA